AUGGCAGAUAACCAGCCGACUCUGGAAGGAGGUGAUACCUCUCCCAAAGGUCCUUCAGAGAUUGAGAAUGCUUCGAGUGUAGCAUCGUCUCGUUCGAGCACCGACAGCCGGUCCUCUCGCAAUCAAAGCCAACUACGCGUGACACACAUGCCGGCAGCGAAUCACCAACAUCGCCAGAGCUUGAGUGAAACACUACGCGGACCACCGAGCUCUCCCAGAAGCCGACGACAGCCCUCUCUCACACAGUCCGCUAUUCAGAGCUUAAUCGACAAUCCUCCCCCGCCCAAGAAUCCUGAUCCAGCGUUCAUCGACCGGGAUUGGCGCGAAAUCUCCAUUGGGGAACUCGUAAGCCCGGGCGAUCUGCAAUUUGUGGAGUUGGAUACAGGUGUUGAGGAGGCAACAAAUAUUUUGAUUGAUUCUUGUGCCCCCGUUCUCCUGAUCCGUGAAACGGCCGAGCAGAAAUCUGCCGUUGCGACAUUCGACUACUCCGACCUGAACACAUAUCUUCUGUUAGCCGCCGGGCUCACCGCACCAGAAGAAUUGAAUCGAAGCUCAUUCGAGGAGCUCGCGAAAAAAGCUCGAGAUGGGGAGAAGAUUCCCCUCAAGGAUGUCAAGGCAUUGGGUAUGGAAAAAGAGCCGCUGGUCACCCUACCAGCGUCUGCGAACGUACUCAGGGCCAUUGAAGUCUUUGGAGGUGGGAUUCAUCGCGUCGUCGUGACCAAGGAGCCGAACGACGAGGAGGUGGUCGGCAUCUUCAGUCAAUUCCGCCUCGUCAAGUUUCUCUGGGAGAAUGGUCGAAGCUUCCCUGUGCUUGAGGAGCUCUAUCCACAAGCUCUAAAUUUGCUGCGUCUCGGAUCUCACAACGUCAUUUCCAUCAAUGGUGACAAGCCUCUGAGCGAGGCACUUCAGUUGAUGGAUUCUGAAGGUAUCUCCUCUCUUGUUGUAGUUGACAAUCAUUGGAAUGUAAUUGGAAACAUUUCCACUACAGACGUCAAGCUUCUCACUCGGUCGUCGUCUUUACCGCUUCUGCAAAAUACUUGCACCCAUUUCAUCUCUGUGAUUCUUUCCACUCGUGGCUUGAUUGAGGGCAAAGACUCGUUUCCCGUCUUUCAUGUCCACCCGACUUCGACGCUUGCACAUACCGUCGCCAAGCUUGUGGCGACGCGAUCGCAUCGUCUCUGGGUGACUGAUCCAGCAUCCCCAAUGUCUUCCGGACCACCCACUCCGUCUCAUUCAACUGCGCAUGUUCCAUUGGCUGCACCGGCCACAUCAGCGACGACGGGCGCCCAAGGAACUCAAUCGCAAGCCCCGGCAGCGUCAAGCAACCCAUCAUCGCAGGCCUCAGCUCCGUUCACACCGCAUCUUCCCACGCCAUUCCCAUCCUCUGGUCCCACGGCGCCUUUCCCAUCAGUCUCGUCCAGCGUGACGGUACAGCCCGUGGCACCCUCAAUUCCUGCCUCAGCUCUGCCCGGGGCUCGGUUAUCUGGGCGCCUGGUGGGUGUCGUUAGCUUGACCGACAUUUUGAAUUUACAUGCUCGUGCAAGUGGGUUGAACCCGGCGGAUCCCGAUGAAUCCCGGCGUCGACGGCGUAGCAGCUCGUCGAGUGUCAGUGUACGUCGGAGUGCGGAGAUGGGCCGUGAAAUGUUCAGCCGCGGUGGCGUCUAG